GUGAGCACAGAGCAAGGUGGAUUCUUAGAGGCUCUGAAGAACAAGCCAGCCAGAUAUCCUUUUCCCAUCUUCCUCACACCAUUAGGCAGCAUCGUGGAGGCGUUGGUGUGUUUUAUCUCAAUCUGGUCAGUUUUAGGAUUGGCAGGCUUUCACACGUAUCUCAUCGCAGCUGGUAUUACAACAAAUGAAGAUAUAAAAGGAGCAUGGUCCAAGAAACAUGACCGAGAUGCCUUCAAUCCUUACAGCAAUGGGUCUGCCAUGGCAAACUUCUGCUCAACGUUAUGUGGGCCUAAUACUCCAAGUUUAAUAGACAGGAGAGGUCUUGUGACGGAAGAAUACACCAAGACUCUGGUCCAAAGCAGUCACAUGGCUCCAGCCCAGCCUUACAUUCCAGUACAGAACCAAACGGUGGAUGGCGCCACGUAUCCACGGCAAGCAAUACCACGUUCCAGCCUGACGACCAGCUCUUCCGAUAGCAGCACUUACGAGAGCUGCUCAGAGGAUCGUCCCAUCUCCCGGCAUCACCCCAGACCAGCACACCCAGUCUCCUUCCUCCAGCUGUCCGAUCUCUCAACGACAUCCUCCAUACACAGCAAUAAAGACUACAUCGUGUCUCCGACCAACAGCAAUGCAUCCACAUUGCGGUACUCAGCAGCUCUCAACUCGGUCAACUCCACGUCGUCGCCCCCCGCCCAGCAGCAGCACGAGAUGCAGCCCCUGCUGCCUGCCGGGCACAGCGAGGAGCCCCGUGACCCGAGAGCGGAAGAUAAUCCGGGUUCAUCGCAACCGUCUCCCGCAGAUAUGACAUCUAGCGAUGAUGCUUUCCAGACCCACAGUCAAUGCGGGAUCUUGAAGUUGAGUUCAGUAUAGCACCUUGUAAAGUGGUGUAUUGUGUGGUGUUCAGCAGGACUUCCAUGCCAUGGCAUAAUUUAUAGUUACACCAAUUUUAUAUAAUGCUGACACCUUCUAGCCACGAUGCCUUCCAGCUUCUGUCAAUGUGUAGGAUCUGAUACCACCUUUCAGUUUCAAUGGGUGUUUGCUUUGGUGUUUCGGUGGACGUCCAUGCCAUGGCAUAAAGUAAAUUAACACUAUUUGCAUAUUAUGCGUGAUGCCAUUAACACAGUCUAAACACCAAGGAAUGUAUGCUUUCAUCUGCGCAGCUAAGUUAAGGUUAACAUUGAUAUGAAUAUCAUCAACUUGUGUAGCUAUCUAAACAAUUAGUGGAAUUUGUCUCUAGGAAGUAGGAUGUGUAUUAAUCCAGUGAGUAACUUCAAUUUUGGUGUUGAUUUAAAGUUCAGUGUUGAACUUUUGGUGUCAAAGUUAUUCUAGCAAAAAAUUUGACAUGAAGCCCAUCCUGAGUUGAAUGUGAUUUGGAGCGAGGUAAGGCAGUCUUUAGUAUGCUUCGAACACUAACACCAACUUUAACACCAGUGUCAACACCAAACAGCGUCAACACCAAAAUCACCCAUUACCAUUUGAGAAAGAAUUAGAUUAUGUAUGGGUUAGUGGGUCCAUUCAAACUCACUGAGCCAUUCAAAUGUGUACACUAAGUACAGUACAUUUAUGGAUUUAUCUGGAGCAAUCAUGCAUCAUUAAGCUAAGCACUUUUAUGAGCUUUUGAUUAUUUGAUAUUUAAGUGUUUAUUUUUUUUUCACUCACCUAAGCACUUCAGUGAACACCUGAUUGUUUAGGGUUUUUUUGCAGUCUACAAAUUGUUGUGAAUAGUAGAAAAAUAUCUAACCAAAACCGAACACCUUUCCUCAUUUGAAGACAUGGACCUAUCCACGGAGGAUUAUCUAUUGUUACUGGGGGUGCUGUGACAAUGCUCAGCACCACCAGUAACAAUAGACUAAUCCUCCAUGGAUAGGUCCCUGUUUGAAGAUACCACAAAGUGCUUUAUUCUGUGUCAAACCAGAAGUAUUAUGCCACUACAUUCAAUUUAAUGUAAGUAUACUAUCCAAAUUUAUGAAAUUCCAGUACCAUUGUGGUCAGAGUUACAAUGUAGGACUCACUGUUUUUUGUUUUCAUUGUCAACUUUAUUACAAAAUAUAACACUCUGGCUUUUGUUUCGUGUUGCUGUGUUGCUCUCUACGAUUUGCCUUCAUUAUAAAAGAUCCACUCCUUAUCAUUUCAAAUCAAAGGCUCAGAGAACUUCCACAGGGGAAAAAUGAUGCCGUAGGUACUGCAUGCAUUUAACUGCUUUCAUUGGAUCUCUACUCGGCCGCAUGUAGGGUAUAGAGAACUGAAGCGAUGUCACAAAAACUUUUUCUGCAUUUCAGUGUUUUUAAUACCAUAUCUCGGGGGAGCAUGGUGAAAAAUAUUCACAACCCUUAGGUGUGAAUCUGUACAUGAGUGCCAGGAUGUGGCCAUAUGAAUAUCUAUUAGACCCAUCAAAUUCAAUGUACAUGUAAAUGGGCCUGGUUCUAAUAAGUUAUGAAUCAGGCCAAUUAAAUACCACUUUCAUGAACUCGCUUGUCUAUACCAGACUUGGGCUAAGUAGUAAAAUUUUGAGUUUAUGAAUGCCGCUGUCUAAAAUAGCCAGCGCUAUGCGCAGGCUAUUUUGGUGCUACUUUUAUCAGCACCAGACCAGCGUCAUCGUAAAAGUAGCGUGGCCUUGCUACAGUUACUUUCGGUACUUGUGGUGGGAACAAUUUUAGUGCGGGCCUGGUGCAGACAAAAAAACCAUGAGUUACAAAAAAAGGUAUAACACUGAUUUCAAUGUAUAACACAUGAUUUCAAUGGGGCCUACUGUGUGUAAGGUCUUCAUUAGGCCAUACCUUGGCCAGCGUGAACCAAUUCCUCUCAAACUUAGGGUGUUGAGGGGUUUUUUUUUUAUUAGUUUUUUUUCCGUAAUAUGGUCAUGAACAUGCUGAAAUGCUUAAAAAGAUUCUUGAUUGCUUGAUUGCUGCUGGAAGGGGGGGGGGUCAAAGCUUACAUAAAAUAGUUCAGUAUUGAGUAAGGUGAUUUUAAACAGGGCUGCCAUAAUGCUCUAUCCAAUGAAAAAAGUCUUCCCUUUGGCAAGAAUUGAGGAAGGGAUGUCAUAGUCUGCAAGCACAGACUCAAAUUUGACACUUUAAAAAAAAUUAUGCUACAAUGUGUGUCUAGAGUCACCCUUAACUGUCUGUCUCUGUCAAAGCAGCCGCAACACAUGAAUGAAUCCAGUCUCAUUACUUCAGACUCUGCACUAUGCAAAAACCAAACGUUUUGCCUCCAGACUUAUUGGGACAUCAAUUGAUUUAUUUUGAAUUAACCCUAAGAAGACUGGGAGGGCUGAUUCAGCCCCCCCCCCCUCGACAUUUUUCGGAUAAAUCUGCCUCGCGAAAUCUUUUGACCGCGUCGCUCACUGACUUUUUACAUUCAAGUCUCGCGCAACUUUUGAGACCAAAUUUGCGACUCCCGGGUACGCGGGACCCAAAAUUGCACAAAAACGUGAAUAUGUGUACAAAUCCAAUGCAAAUAGUGUUUUAGUCAAAAUUCAUAAAUGUAUCAUUAUUUUUCCUUUUACUGAUUGAAAUCGAUGAAUUCCAUUUUAUGUAUGGUCAAAAUAAAGUCCCCAACAAUUUCCAUUGAAAAAACAAUAAAAAACAGAAAGUCAAAAAACAACGAAAUACAUAAGAAAUUUAGAAAACAAUAAAAUACAUAAAUAAAUGUGAUUUUGACAUUUUUUUAGUACAUUUUAUCAGAUUUAUAUAAAGUGUCUGUGUACCAAAAAUUAGCAUUUUAGGGGCAUUAUUCAAUUAAUUAAAGCAAACUUUUGAUUUUACGCAUAAACUAGCAUAAUUAAUUAGCAAUAAGAUUUUUCGAAGAAUUUGAUUUUGUAGAUUAUGCCAUGGGUAACGUGCAUGCAUGUCAUAAGGGGGGGCUGAUUCACCCCCCCCCCCCCCAGUCCUCUUAGGCAUCGAAAUAGCCCAGUCUAUUUAGGGUUAAACUUGUUUUUUUCCUCAGAGCUUGAGAAAGAACAUAUUCCCCCCUCAACGCAGCAAAGGUCUAUUCUCAUUCAUUCUAUAUAUUGAAAAGCCAAAAAACAUAGGCAGCUUUAGCAAGGGAUGCACCAAAUUAUAUGUUUUGUUAGGGGAAAAGUGGCUGUAACUAGAAAGUACUGAGCUAAAGUAAUGUACAUUAAUAUUUCAAACAUGUGUGUCCUUAAUGUGUACUCUCGGUCUAAAAUGAUUUCAUGUAAAUAUAAAGAAUCUUUCAAGAUUUAUAUAAUAUGUAUAUAUUUGUAUAUUGUAUACAUAAGAGUAGAUGACAAACUAUUUUGUAUACAAGAAAAUGAAGAAAUGGACAAAACCAAGAUAUUUUACUCUUUUGAACUUGGAAAUAAAACAAGAUUGAUGUA